AGAUGAGACAUUGAAGCUUAAACCUGACCUUGGCGCGCGUAUAAAUUACAACGUCUUGUUCGAAGAUGAAUAUUCUACACACAGUAGUCUGUGAAAUCGUACCAGAUAUGCUACGUUCAGUACCAAUCCCUAAGUCAUUUGGGGGUAUUUUCCGACUGUCAUUCAAGGAUAUAAUAGCACUAACUGCUUUCGGCUCAUUGAGUGGUGCCCUUGGUUAUGCUGUAUACACUACUGCAAUGCUCCGUCUUGGAAAAAUAAAGGCGCCUGUUAAUUAUGAUAUUAAAAAACAUAUCACCAAGUGUGUGGAUAUUGUGGAUAUCGAAAACAUAACAGAGAAAAAGGUUUAUUGCCGUUGCUGGAGGUCAUCUAAGUUUCCCUUAUGCGAUGGAACCCAUAACAAACAUAAUGAGGAAACUGGAGACAAUGUUGGUCCUCUUAUAAUCGAAACAAAGAAAUCAGCAUAAAGUCGCCAAACUAUACUGAUUGCUGCAAAUUCGUGGUCAUGCUUUAGUUUCCACUGUAUUUUAGAAUGACUGCAAAUUUCUGUCCCAUCUAAGGCUUUUUUCUAAUAGGUAACUGCAUAAAUAUUUGUAAUGAAUAAUUAAAACAUUUUCUUUCCAAGUUAAACAAUCACCUCUUCUCUGUCUACAUAUUCACGUUUUUUGUCUUCUGUGUUUCUGAAUGUGUUUUGAACUAUCAGAUAGCAAAUAAUAGAUUCCUAGGUUAUUGCAUAGCAUACUAAGGUAGUAGUUUAACUCCCGAUGUCGUUUCACAUCAAUUAUUCUAGCUAUUCUAAGGGAUGACUACUACUGUUGAUUGUCUUGA